AUCUUCUGUUGUUUCUUUUGUUUACGGUCCGUUUCUGCUUUCAACACGUGAAAAAUGAAGUGCUACUAAAAUAAGCAUUAAAAUUGACAAAUUAUUCAAAAGUUAAUCAGUUUUACCUAUAAAAAUGAGCACAAGACGUGGUGACGGUGGCCGCAGGUCACGCCCGCAGAAGCACCAGAACUCAUUUGCCUUCAAAAACGAUCUCCACGACAAGCACACACCGCUCAUCAAGUUGAUCACCACGCUGAAUGUUUGCGAAGUCUGCGAGCGGUGCAAGGAGCAGAUCGAGUGGAAGAUAAAAUACCGCAAGUACAAACCGCUGACGCAGCCCGGGAAGUGCAACAAAUGCAGCGAGCGGAAGGUCAAACGGGCGUAUCAUGUCCUCUGCCGGGAUUGUGCCCUGUCGAGUAAAUGUUGCGCCAAAUGUUUGAAGUCGUCCGAAGAAGUGAGUAUCGUUCCACCCGAACCAACUAUCGAGGAAAAGAUUAAGCUGAAAGUGGAAAUGGACCAGCUCAUCAAGUCGCUGCCGGAACGCAAGCGGAGGACUUUCCUACGAUACAUGAACAAGGGCAAGAAGAAGGAGAAAGCCCAGGACGGUGAUUCGGAUUACGACGACGAUGAGCAGAAGGGGCGGAAGAAGGCAGAGAAUAUGCCUCGAACCAGGGAGGAGUUGAUGGAGAAGUUCGAACAGCUCAAACUGGCCGUAAAUGAAGAUGGAGAUGAUUUGUUCUCGGAUGACGAUGACGAUUACGAGGACUUGAGCGAUGAAGAUUUUUCCAACUGAGAGAUGUUUGAACAGGAAUAGAUUGUAAGCAAUGUAAUAAAUGUAUCGUACAUACCUUAA